GAAGAAGAAGAAGAAGAAGAAGAAGAAGAAGAAGAAGAAGAAGGCAGGCGGGACUUUCAAACGGUAUCGAAAGACGCGGCGACUUACUGACAGGGAACUCAACCAAUCAACGCUGGAGGUGGGGUUGUUAUUUCUAGUUGUCACUUUCACAGCAUGACUUUCUGUUUCACAUUUCUGUUUCACAUUACUUUAGGAUUUCUGUGUAGAAGGGGGACUUCGAAUUGCAGAGGAAGUGGAGUAAACUUACCAUAGACUGGGUAGAAAAAAAAUACUUUUCGACUUCAACGGAUUCUGCCUGCUCAUCACAAGACGACGGGGCAUGUGAUUUAGAUUAAGUAAUCUAGCUAACGUUUGCUAGCCUCGGGCUGUAAUUUAGUUUACUAGCCGCGAUAGAGACAGUAAUACCACAUCUUUGGUAACAAGCCCCGCACAGGGACAAUGUAGUUAGCUUGGUGUAUACAUCGUUUUUCUCGACGUAAUUUACGAAAACAAGCAAAGAUGGUUCACGUAUACAACUGCCACCCAUUCGCGUCCCAGCAAAUCGUGCCAACCGAGCAGGAACCGGGGUUGGUGUGCUGUGGCGGGGGUGCCCUAUUCGUGGUGUCCGCUGGAGGAUGCAAGAUCGAGGCUUUUCAACUGGGUGAAGAUGGGUGUCCUCUCAUCUGUCGCUUCGCCACUAUGGGGACUGUGCAGAGCAUCCUACACAGUGAGAUAGGGGACUACCUGGUGACCAUCGAGGAGAAGAACAACGCCCCCUACCUCCGCGCCUACACCAACUGGCGCUACCAGGCGGCUGAGAAGACGCGCGUUGGCGUGCGUCUGCUCGGUCAUUUCCUGCGCGGCUCGUCCAUGCGCGGGGCUCCCAAGGAGCAGAUGGAGAUCAUUGAGAUUCCACUGUUUGAGCGUCCGCUGUGUGUGGCGUGCUGUGGGGUGACCGGAGACCUGCUGGUGGGGUGUCCUAAGAGCCUGGUGCUGUUCAGUCUAAAGAGACAGGCCCUCAACGACAAGCUCUCCAUCCUGGACUUUGAGCGCUGUCUGAUCAUCCACCUCCCGGGACUGUCGCCCCAACAGGUGGCGAUCUGUGCAGGGUACAUUGCCCUGCAGACAGAGCUGGAGGUGCUGGUGGUCAAACUGGAGAGACUUCCUGGUGCUCCUUUUACCCAGAAGUCAGCUGACAAGAAGCCCCAGGACCACAGUCUGGUCCCCCAAGAUAUGAUCACUGGAGCAGAACACGACAACGAGACGGAGGUGAGGAGAGAGGGUCUGGCUGGUCACCGUGACCAGGAUGACUUCUUCAUUUUCCCCAAGCACCAAGAGCUCCUAGGGGACAGGGCUAAGGACUGUGGGGUCAAGGUCUCUCUGGAGUGGACAGGCAUGGAGAGUGAGGCCAGGGGCAACCUCAUCAUCACCUAUAUCUUAUACAGGCGUUUUGCUCCAGACUUCUUCCAGGACUGCAGUGUUGAGGAGACCCGCCUGCACUCCCUGCAGUUUCACCCUGUGUUCACCAGUAACCAGGAAGUAUGUGUGGAGGGGGGCAGAGGGGUGGAGCCGACGUGUUUGUUCUGUUUCUUCUCGCUGCCCAAGACGGGCUAUUUGUACAGCGUGAGGGGCGGGGUUCAGAUGGUCUCAGCCUAUCAGUAUCCAGAGAAGGCCCAGCAGGCCGUCCUCACUGACCUCUUUCUCCACAUCAUCACAAAGAAUGCUCUCCAGUGCUUCUCAGUGAGGUGUGCAGCAGUGGCAGCCAGAGCUGAGGACCCUUACAUCGAUACCACCAUGAAGGCCUGUCCUCCCAUCACCAUGGAGUUGUGUGCUCUGCGUAUUCAGCUGUUCAUCGGUCUGAAGGCUCUGUGUCACUACCGACACCACAUCGUCCUGCUGACCACUGCAGAUGUGGAGACCAGGGAGGACACAGAGAGGACCGCACGCAGAGUCAUAGAAUACAAAGAUCACACAACCCUUAGGGGGAUUUUCCUAGCAGUAGGUAUAGAGCCUUCCACCACGCCGGCUCUGGAGCGUUUUCUGGCUCACUCCUUCCUGAACAGGAAGUCACCCUUCACCAAGCCCCAGAAUCCCAGUGAGAUGGGUCACGGCUGGAACCUGUACGUGGUCAACACCGUCCCCCCGCUCCAGCUCUACAACGAGAUG